AUGUCGUUGCAGUGUUUUGCUUACCAAUUCAGGAAGCUGGCGAAUACUUCUAUCCAUCCUGUUACCCUUGGUAGUGCUCUCAGUCCUCAUCGAGUACCGCGAACUAAGGCUGAAUUUCUUGAAAAAAUGCUUUUUAUGCCCUCUCAAAGUCCUCCGGACAGUCGACUGCUAAAGGUCGCCGUCGUCGGUUUCCCUAAUGUUGGAAAGUCUUCCUUGGUUAAUAUGCUUGUAAGUUGGCGUGUUUGCGCCGUUUCGGGCAAGGCUCACACCACGCGUUCCAAGCAGACCGUUGUCUUUACCAAGGACAAUGUUCAGCUAGCUUUUGUCGAUCUUCCUGGCCUCGUAUCUUCUCAGCAAAUUCGACAAUUCAAGCUCGAGCGAACAUUCAUUCGGGAUCCUCACGCAGCCAUUUUUGAUGCCGAUUUGGUUCUUGUAGUGGUAGACGCCUCAAACAGAUACGCUAGAAAGACACUGGAUCCGGAGGUCCUGAAAGUGCUCCAUUUUUUCGAUGACAAGGAGUCGGUUCUCGUUCUGAAUAAGGUAGACAAAUUGCUAGGCGAUCGGACUCGUCUGUUGGAGAUAACUCGCUGUCUUACUGGAGGCUUGGUAGGCGGUAGGCAGGCGCACUGUGACGCCUUCAUGAACAAAUUUAACGAACGUGCAAAGCUGAUAGAUCAGGAUGGCUGGUCCAGGCAGCAUCUUAGUCCUGAAGCAAUUAUCUUUCCCCUCCUUCCCCUUGAAGCCCAUGAGGCAGCUCAACAGCGACUGCAGCACAUUGAGCGCAUCUACAGUCUCCUCUCGCCAACCAUUCAAGUGGAAUCUGCGUCCCCGUUGAAGGCUACUUCUCACCCCCGUCUUUCUCCUGGUGACCCUCUUAUAACCUCUGAAAGUAGUGGUUUAACUGUCGCGGAAUCUACCGAGCGUUGCGUGACGGACGUAGAGCACCAGACCAUUGAGGACUUUUUUGUUCACUUUAAACCCUCCCGAGAUGUUUUGCCUAUUGAUGAGCAAGCCUUGACACCUUACCGCGCAUCUAGUAAGGAAAGAGAAGUUGAGCUUGCAAGUGAGGACGCGCGUCUGGAGGGCUUGCUGGAGCGCGUGCGCAUGCAGAUGAUGCUGAACUCAGCCUCAGAGGAGGAGGUCGCCUUGCGACGACAAAAGUGGCGCGAACUCAGUAUUCGGUUGCAGGGUGCAAAGCACUGGGCCGGCUUUAGCCAGGUCUUUAUGGUCUCCGCGGCCACUGGUGAGGGCAUCGAUAAGCUCAGACGACCCCAGAUACUCUUGCCUGAAAAGUCCUACCAUUGUUGUCAGAACUAUCUGCUGGAAAGGGCCAAGCCGGAUCGUCAAUGGGUGCUUUCUCCUUCCCUGAUUACUGACUUGGAACCCUCAGAACUCAUUCGUAUGUCUGUGUGGGCUCAUUGCUUGGACCAAUUGCCAAAGGAGAUUCCCUACAACCUCGCUGUAACAGUGGAUGAGUGUGAGCAUGUGAGACAGGCUGAUGGCGAUGGUCGGGUCUACGUACAUGUUCGUCUCCGCUGCCCCAACGAGCGUACUAUUAGGUAUGUGGUUGGCACCGGGGGGAAACGAAUUCGUGCGAUUGCAAGUGCAGUAAAACAGGAACUUUCGAGUCUCUUUCAAGCUCCUACUCUGGUUAAGCUGACGGCGGAGGCUAUGCGCCCCACUCGGGCAUCUAUGCGACGAAUGCGUGCUGCGAAGGACUUCGCAGAGGUCUUUCCAAACUUUGACAAUGUUAGAGACAAUUGCGAUGCAUCUCAGCGUGCUGGCAUUGAAAGUGCUCAAGUAUAG